GAGAGUCUUACAUUUAAUAUUCACAUUGACACAAAUGUCUUGAGUUUAUUUGAUUAUUUUGCACAUAAGCAGAAAGUUGAAGACAUAUGACUGGAGCAUAUUUCAGGUCUCUUAAUAUGUGUUUGUGUGUGUAAUAAUCAAUCUAAUCUGCAGAUGAGAGCAGAAAUAUACAGUGAUGACAAGACAGCAAUGUGCCUCAGGGCACUUUUGCUUACCGUGUACAUGCAAAAGCACUUCUUGGAAAACUAGAAUGUUUAGAUGUUUUAUGCUGCUGGCUGCCGACUCAUCAAACUACAUUGAAAAACUACACAGUUGAUAUCAGAAUGUAUUAACAUUAUACUUUGAUAUACAGUAUAUCUAUUCCAUUCCACUGAUAUGUGGUACAAAGUAAUACAAUAUUUAUAAAUACAUACCACCAUGGUAUUCACAUUGUACACCAAGGUACCUCAAAGAAUACCAUGGUACUUUAUUUUAUGGUAACAUAAAUGGGAAAACAUAAUCAUCACUGGAAUGGAAUUGCAAGAAAUUACUUUUUUCAGAACACUCUCUGCGUCUGCCAUAGGUCAGAAAUGUGAUCCGAAGUCAGAAUUGAUUCAAAUAAGUGCAUUUCUCUGGUUUGAACAAGAAACACUUCAAAGAUCUUUCCAUCCGUCUAUCACACACACACAAACACACAACAGUACACACUUUCUCCUUCACUCUUGUAGUUUUCCAGCCAGUAGGGGAGGUAAUGGAGCAUUUCCCCAUCAUAUUGUUUGGUGUAAACAGAGGCGGCCAUUGUAUGUGUCUAUUUGGCAUAACCUGGUCCUCCUGUAUUUAACUAUUUGUACAUCAGACAUCGUCACUUCAGCAGGAGAAACUUCUCCUUCAGUAUUGCCAAACAGCGGAGAGGAACAAAGAAUGGACUGGGAAAAUAAUAAAACAAACAUCUGCCUUCAUUUAUUUCUCUGUGACCUUAAAGGACAUAUUGUGUGCAUACGAUAUCAAAGCAGGAGAACAAUGGAUAAAAGUGGAUAACUGAAAACAUACGGUAAAUCUGCUUUUUAAAACGUUUAAUUUCAAACACUGGGCUGAGUACUAUUGAAAGUAUACAUUUACUCUGUAUAAUUCCCAAAAAUGACCAAAUAACGUGAUAUUGGAAAAUUUUCUGAAUUUCAUCAUGACAUUUUACUAUAAUGAUCUGCACAUUUUCUUAAGCUGAACAAAACCAGUUUUCAUGUCAAGGUACACAAUAUUGUCAAAAGUUAUAUGAACAUGCAUGUUUAAUUAACAAGUUUUGCCAUUUCAGCUUUACAUGUAUUACUAACAGGUGUAUUCAAGGAAGCAUAGUCAACUGUUCCAAUUCAUCCCAAGGGUGUCCAAUAGGGCUUCGGGUUUUGGCUUUGUGCAGGCUAGUUAGGUUCUUCUACACUCAACUUGGUAAAUAAUUUUUUUAUUAGGCUUCACCUUCUGCUUGAGGUUGACCGAUAGUGGAUUUAGCCACUGAUUUUGAUACCGAUAACUAAGGUGGCGGGAAAGGCCGGUAACUUUUAAUCGGCCGAUAGUUUUUAAAAUCAAAUUUAUAGAAUGUUUAAAAAAAAGAAAAGAAAAAAAAAAGAUAAUUUUUGCCUUACUAUGAUGGGCACAGACAUAGAGGCUACAAUGGUCCAAAAUAAAUACAAUCCCAGAUGCACUUUAUUUUUCAACCAGAAAAAAUAAAAUACAAAAAUUGGUGCAUAACAAACAGUUCAAUCUUUGUUUCACACAGUCUGAGAGUCCUUUAGGUGCUUUUUUGCGUGUCUUGCACUGAGGAGAAGCUUCUAUCUGGCCACUCUGCCGUAAAGGCCAGAUCGGUGGAGUGUUACAGGAAUGGUUGUGCUUCUGCGAGUAUCUCCCAUCUCCACACAUGAUCUCUGGAGCUCAACCAAAGUGACCAUCGGGUUCUUGGUCACCUCUCUUAUCAAGGCCCUUCUCCCCUGAUUGCUCAGUUUGGCCGGGCGGCCAGCUCUAUGAAGAGUCCUGGUUGUUCCAAACUUCUUCCAUUUAAGAAUUAUGGAGGCCACUGUGCUCUUGGGAACCUUCAAUGCAACCGAAAAAAAUUUGUAGCCUUCCCCAGAUCUGUGCCUCGACACAAUCCUGUCUCUGAGCUCUGUAGUCAGUCCCUUUGACCUCAUGGCUUGGUUUUUGCUCUGAUAUGCAUUUUCAGCUGCGAGACCUUAUAAAGACAGAUGUGUGCCUUUCCAAAUCAUGUCCAAUCAAUUUAAUUUGCCAUCGGUGGACCCUAAUCAAAGUGUAGAAACAUCUCAAAGAUGUUCCAGAGAAAUGGGAUGCACCUGAGCUAAAUUUUAAGUGUCAUAGCAAAGGGUCUGAAUACUUAUGUCAAUGCAAUAUUUCAGUUCUUUCUAUUUAAUACAUUUGUAAAGUUAACAAAAAUCUGUUUUUUGCUUUGUCAUUAUGGGGUAUGGAGUGUAGACUGAUGUGGAAACAAUAAAUAAAUGUAAAGCAUUUUAACAUAAGACUGCAACAUAACGAAAUGUGAAAAAAAAUGAAGGGGAAUGAAUACUUUCUGAAUGCAAUAGUCAAAUUUUUGUUUGCAUGAACUUGCUUCAAUUUAGAACACUUAUCUAAUAUCUAAUAAAAAAAAUGCAUUGAGGUGAGGAUAAAAAUAUGGAUAAAUUCUGUCAAUCAUGAAAGAUUCAGAUUUAGCAAAUCUCCAUGGGGAUUCAGUGAUUGUUUUUAUUUCACCUCUAGAGGCUGCUGUUAUACUGUAGGACCAAGCUGUUCUAACUGUAGUAUCCUCCAGUGCCGGCAACAGAGGAACAAGGAGGAAUAAAAUAAUAAUAAUAAUGACAACUAUCAACAUGGAUUUUUGCCAAUAACUGAUAGUUCCAAAAAGCAACUAUCGGCACCGAAUAAUCGGUAAAACCGAUAUAUCAGUCUACCUCUACUUUCUGCACAGGGGUAAUGACAUUCUUUUUUUUCCUCCCCAAUUUGGAAUGCCCAAUUCCCAGUGCGCUCUAAGUCCUCGUGGUGGUGUAGUGACAGAGGACGAAUCUCAGCUGCCUCCACGUCUGAGACGUCAAUCCGUGCAUCUUAUCACAUGACUUGCUGAGCGCGUAACCGCGGAGCCGUAUUGUGUGGAAGCCCACGCUAUUCUCCGCGGCAUCCACGCACAACUCACCACGUGCCCCACCGAGAGCGAGAACCACAUAAUAGCGACCACGAGGAGGUUACCCCAUGUGACCAAUUUGGUUGCUUAGGAGACCUGGCUGGAGUCACUCCGCACGCCCUGGAUUCGAACUCGCGACUCCAGGGGUGGUAGUCAGCUUCAAUACUCGCUGAGCUACCCAGGCCCCCUGGGUAAUGACAUUCUUACACAAAAAAUGCCUUUCCCAAAGUGUUGCAACAAAGUUACCUUGGAAAAGAGAAAAGCAAUACGGAAAAUUCCUGUAUAUUUCCUCACUAUGUGAUGGAAAAACAAAGGACGUGAGAGACGGGAAGAUGAUGGAACAUCUGAUAACCUCUGACCCCACCGUCCGUUCAAAUCACUCGGGCCUGCACUGGCCUGCUACUGACAUCAAUGAAACAAACUCAACUUCCCAGGACACUUACAUCAUAAGUCUCAUCCUCUCCUGCAUCUACACCAGCUUCCUCUUCCCGCUCGGCCUUGCAGGUAACAUCCUGAUCCUACUGGUGAAUUUUGACCCCCGUCAGCAGAUGAGCACCCCUGACCUGUACUUCACCAACUUGGCUUUGGCCGACUUAGUGCUGGUUCUGGAUUCGUUGAUAGAGGUCUUUAACCUAAGUGAGCAUUACUAUGACAAUGCAGUCCUGUGCUCCUGCAUGGCACUAUUCCUGCAGGUAAACAUGUACAGCAGCGUGUUUUCGCUCACCUGGAUGAGUUUGGAUCGUUGCCUCGCGCUGACUGGUCUCAGCAUGCGUGCACUACCCAAGAAUGUUUCCACAACACACCGUUCGCGCAUUGCGCGAAGAGCUUGCGCGACCAUUUGGGCAGCGGCUACUCUAUGCACCUUGAUUCCAUUCGCAAAUGCACACAUACAUCAUGGCUGGGGGCGUGGCUUCUGUUUUGCAGGAGUGGCAGAGGUGCAAUGGUUGGAGGUGACCCUGGGAUUUGCCCUGCCGUUUUGCAUAAUGGCCGUAUGCUACACCCUAAUCGCACGUGUUCUUCUCCGUUCUGAACGGCCACAACGAACCAAAGCUCUACGCAUGAUCGUCGCAGCUGUGACUGUGUUCUUCGUGUGCUGGUUGCCGGAAAACGUUUUUAUUAGUGUGCAUCUGUUGAGUGGUGACACAGAGGCCUCGCGGCGCCGUGGAAACCACACACUGUGGCAGCGAUACCCCCUGACGGGGCAUGUGGUGACCUUAGCAGCUUGUGCCAACAGCUGUCUGAACCCACUUGUAUACAGUCUGCUGGGAAGCACUUUCCGACGUAAACUGCAGGUAUUUGUUGCACACCACGUGCACUGCCUGCAUACAUGCACACAGACUGCAAACACAACGCCUCCUUGCCCCUGUGUCACAUGCAAAAACACACACCAUUCGUGCUCUCAUGAAAAUAAGGACUUGGAAGAGGAGCGUGACCUCAGGAGUGGAGAGGAGGGGGCUGAGGGCCGAGUGUGUGUCUGCGACAGAGUGGGAUAAACACUGUCACAUAUUACAUAGACAUUAUGAGAAGGACAAUCCAGUAAGGGUGUUCAAAAAGACCAGGAUCUGCACACUUGUAAAGUUGAGACAACAAUAUGACUGUAAUUAAAUGACAAAGUCAACAUGAAAUGGCAUUCACAGCCCAUUUCACCUCCAUAACAGCACUAAGUAAAAAUACAGAUUUUCAGAUGCAUCACGAUCUUCGUUUGAACGAUCUCGAUACUGAUUCUUAAAUCCCAAGAUUGAUCUUUUACUAUGUGUAAAACAAUGCACGUCAUCUCUUGUUAUAUGCACUAACUAGCUGAUGCCAGUAGUCUUAAAGAAACAGUACCAAUUUAGCACAUGUUCUACAUAUCAAUGUAAAUACUUAUAAAUAGUACAAAUUAUGCAAGUAAACAAUAAACAUUUAACAAAUGUAUAUGCAACAUAAAUCCAAUUUCAAGACAUUUAUUGAUGGAAUAGACUGAAUUUGAACAUUUUUCAAAACCUAAAAUGUGACCAAUAUGAUGAAAAACUGCAAAAUGAACAGUUACAGAAAUACCCAUACAGUGCAUCCGGAAAGUAUU